AAAACAAUUUACGAUAUCCCCCCAAGUGUGCUGUUGUUAGUGGCUGACGCUGUCGAGAGGCUUCUGUAGCCUCGCAACGAUUCUUCCCUUUUCCCCCCCGCGGUGAGACUCGCCGCCGCGCGCCCUCCGUUGAGCUGCUGUCCCGAGAGAUUGUAGCACAUUUGGUGACUUCCAAGUUUCAAAUCAUGGAUACAGAACAGAUCAUGGAGGGGCAGGCACAGGUUCCAGAAAAUCCUCAUGCUGAAUAUGGCCUUACAGAAAAUGUAGAGAGGAUAGUAGAAAAUGAGAAGAUUAACGCAGAGAAAACAUCAAAGCAGAAGGUGGAUCUUCAGUCGUUACCUACACGUGCCUACUUGGAUCAGACAGUUGUGCCUAUCUUACUACAGGGGCUUGCUGUACUUGCAAAGGAGAGACCGCCAAAUCCCAUUGAAUUCCUAGCAGCGUAUCUUUUAAAAAACAAGUCACAAUUUGAGGACCGAAAUUAAUUCCAUGGGAAGAGGAGGACAGUUUGGCUGCUAAACUUACAUGCUAAUUUGCCAUGUUUCAUUCUUUGCUGUAAAAAUCAUACAGAACCACCAAUGUCUUUCAUAACUGCACAAUUUCCCUUAUCUUUUCUUGUUAUUUAAUAAAGUACAUUUUUAUUCUCACUAGUCUUAAA